GUGGGGAGAAAACGCCUUCUUUGCUGUCGGGGGCGCACAUUGAAAGUUUUGAUGAAGAUUUUGUACUUUGGACAUUGCAUAACAGCCUAUUAUUUGUCUUAUUCAAGGACUCCUUGCUAGGAAAACGCACAUCGGCAUAACUGACGAUGGGUUUUCAGGACACUGUUUUGCAGACAAUUGAUAGCGUCAAAGGGACACUUGACAACCUUGACCGGUCCAAACUACAGCUUCUGGCACUCUCUUCUGCUGGAGUUGGAGCACUUUUGUGCUAUUUGUCAUGGAGAAAAGGCCCCAAAACAAUACCAAUAGGAGAUGGCUGGUGGGGAGCUGGACAGAAGUCUUUAACUGAGGACAAAACCAUUCAAAGAUUUGUUGUGAAGACCUCAGUGGAAGAGAUAGAGGAUCUGCACAAACGCAUUGAUCUAACACGUUUCACUGAUCCACUGGAGGAUAGCAAGUUUAAUUAUGGAUUUAACUCGACUUACCUUAGGCGGGUAGUCUCUUAUUGGAGGCACCAGUUCAACUGGGAGAAGCAGGUGAAGGUGAUUAACCAGUAUCCUCACUUCAAAACCAAAAUUGAAGGAAUAGAUGUGCAUUUUGUGCAUGUGAGGCCUCUUCAGAAGUCUGGCCAGACGGUUGUUCCUCUCAUGAUGGUUCACGGCUGGCCUGGUUCCUUCUAUGAGUUUUACGGGAUAAUCCCCUUACUCACCAAGACCGAUUCCAAUGUGGUCUUUGAGGUCAUCUGUCCCUCCAUUCCAGGCUACGGCUACUCUGAAGCGCCACAUAAAAAAGGAUUUAACACCAUGGAGGCUGCCCGCAUCUUCCUUAAGCUGAUGGAAAGACUUGGGUUCAGUGAGUUUUACGUGCAGGGAGGAGACUGGGGUGCCUUUAUUACCAGCAACAUGGCCCAGAUGAAACCAGAUUGUGUUCGUGGCCUGCACUUGAACAUGGUCAUUGCCAGGACAGACAGCACUGCACAGCUCCUCUCCUUGGUCAUCGGUCGCUACUUGCCAUUCUUGGUGGGCUUCACAAAGGAGGAUGUCAGACGACUUUAUCCAUACAUGGAGAAGAAUAUAUAUGACAUUCUGAGAGAAACCGGCUAUUUACACAUUCAAGCCACUAAACCAGACACAGCAGGAUGUGGACUGAAUGACUCUCCAGUCGGAUUGGCUGCCUAUAUCUUGGAGAAGUUCUCCACCUGGACAAACUUGGAAAAUAGAGACCUAGAGGAUGGAGGUUUAGAGAGAAAGUUCAACCUUGAUGACCUGCUUACAAACGUCAUGAUCUACUGGACCACGUGCUCUAUCAUUCCCUCAAUGCGCUUCUACAAAGAGAACCUGAAGAAAGACUUCAAGACAAGGGUGGACAGAGUGACAAGUAUCCAUGUGCCGACUGGCCUGGCUGCCUUUCCUGAUGAGCUACUCCACUGUCCUCGAGCCUGGGCCAGCUCACGCUUUUCAGAUGUGCGUUCCUUCACCUACAUGCCCCGAGGAGGACACUUUGCUGCCUUUGAGGAACCCCAACUCCUGGCUCAAGACAUCAUCCAGUUUGCUGAGAAAGUGGAGGGCAAAAGCCACAAGUAACAGCUUUAUUUUAGCAUCAUAAGAAAACUAAUGCACUGCUCUGUUCAAAUAUGGAAGUAUUAGUAAACAGUUUAACUACAAUGUUUUUCAAUGAACCAAAUGAAGUUAAAGAAUUUCUGAAGUUUUGUUAUUAUUUUGCAUGAUGCUUUGUAAGUAAAACAUGUUAUGCUGUUCUGUUCCACUGAGUAACCAUUUCUGAAGCUUCAAAAUCUAACAUAUACCUGCUCAAGACAAGUUCAGUUUCAACAUGCAUUACAAUAUACAUGCUACAAUCACCAGUUUGAAUCAUUUCAAAGAUUUAAUGAACCCAGACCUCAAUGUCCUUUUGUGAGUGGCAAUAAAACAAUGAUUACAAUGAUAUAGCACCACA